GGGGGAGGGGCGUCCUGUCGGCACGCGCAGAAAGCACGGAGCAGCUGCAGCGGCGAGAAGGAGCGCGGCGCUUUCCACACCGCAUCAUAUUCACUCUUUAAAAAAAUCACCCGUCAACUAACGUCUUCUAACCGAGACACUCAUUUAAAGCCAAAAUGGUGGACCGCGAGCAGCUGGUUCAGAAAGCCAGGUUGGCUGAACAGGCUGAGAGAUAUGACGAUAUGGCAGCUGCCAUGAAAUCGGUGACAGAGCUGAAUGAGGCACUGUCCAAUGAAGAGCGCAACCUGCUCUCGGUGGCCUACAAGAACGUGGUAGGUGCACGGCGCUCAUCAUGGCGUGUUGUCUCCAGCAUUGAGCAGAAGACUUCAGCCGAUGGCAAUGAGAAGAAGAUUGAGAUGGUGCGUGCCUAUCGUGAGAAGAUCGAGAAGGAACUGGAGGCCGUUUGUCAAGAUGUGCUCAACCUGCUUGACAACUUCUUGAUCAAGAACUGCAGCGAGGCACAGCAUGAGAGUAAGGUCUUCUACCUGAAGAUGAAGGGUGACUACUACCGCUACCUGGCUGAAGUAGCUACCGGUGAGAAGCGUGCUGCAGUAGUUGAGUCGUCUGAGAAGGCAUACAGCGAGGCACAUGAGAUCAGCAAGGAGCACAUGCAGCCCACGCACCCCAUCCGUCUCGGCCUGGCACUCAACUACUCCGUGUUCUACUACGAGAUCCAGAACGCACCUGAGCAGGCAUGCCAUCUGGCCAAGACGGCUUUCGACGACGCCAUCGCCGAGCUGGACACGCUCAACGAGGACUCCUACAAAGACUCAACCCUCAUCAUGCAGCUGCUGCGAGACAACUUGACACUCUGGACAAGCGACCAGCAGGACGACGAAGGCGGCGAGGGCAACAAUUAAAAACAAAGAGAGAAGGAGAGAGAGAUGGAGAGGCAGAAGAGGAGAAGACCCUCAAGAAUUACCCGUUUCCUAGCCGUAACACACAAGAAAACACGCGUGCUCACAAAAUAAAAGAAAAAUAAAAAUAAAAAUAAAAGCAUAAGUGAAAACAUUUUACGAAAAGGGGGGCCUGGUGGAAUGCUGGCAGCCAUGUUCACUGAUGGUACAACCGCAACUGCAGUUCUCUUUGAUUUUCUGAAAAUUAAAUGGAUAAAUAUAAUAUUGACAAAAAAUCUGAAUAGAAGUUUAACAAGAGGUAUGCCUCCAAUUAAAAAUGUGGUUUAAAUUAAAAUCAUCAUAAUAAAGGCAAAAAUCCCCUCUUCUUCAGUUGCCUCUGCAACAUUUGCCAAAACAAUACUUUGAGGAAGUAAAGCUUGUCAGUAAGUCAGUAAGAACAAGAUGACUAGGGUUGAAAUACACCCCAAACACUGGCGUAGGGACUGUUCUUGUAGUGAAACGUGAUGUCAAGCUGCUUAUUAUAAGUAUGGAGUAAGGGUUUAGGAACUGUCAGGGGAAGACAUGUUAAAGCUUGAGCAAGAAAAAAAAAAAAAAAGACAAAAAAUAGUACAUGGAGUAAAAAACUUGAAUGUCAUAGCCUCGCAAAAGUAAGAGUUUGCAAACAGGCUCCAGAGAGUGUGAAAGGAUGUUUUUUUUUGUCUGUAUUAAACAUAUUUGUGGAUACUGAUGUGCGCUCAACAGUCAGUCAGCCAUUUCUUUACAGCCGACAUGGCGAUUCAAAACGCUCCACAAUAAUCGAAACAUCACUGUGGUUACAGGCUGCAGGUCUAUGAUCAAGGAACAGUAGUUUAGGUAUACAGUAACCAAGUCCAGUUUUCCCACCCAUUAAAUACAAUGCUAUUUCCAUUGAUAGCUAAGACAAAUUGUUGUCCUUUCAGUGAAAACUGUUCUUAUUAUCAUUAUUAUUAUUAUUGAUAUAGUUUGGACAUUUAGGGUGUCAAGGGUGACCCACACUAUAAAAACAUAGGUUUUAUUCAAAAUCAUUACAAUAUAGUACCAUAAACCACAACAUACUCUAUAUAAAACCUAACUUGUAAUGAUAUUUCCCUAAAAACGCAUUACCCUAAUCUGUCUUAGCAAAGUAAUAUAGGAAAAAAAAAAAUCCCUGCGCUUUAAUCCUGAAAAUUUUAAUUCUCUAAAGCAAUCCUUAAUCACUUGGAUCCAUGUCGCGAUACACUGAAUGGAAUCAACUGGAACCAUUGGCUGUUUUUUCUUUGUCCAUGGACUGAAAGUACAAUUAGAGACAGAGCACUGGCAAUGUCAAAACGGGAGAUGAUCUUAAAGCAGCUUUGAGGUUUGUGGUAUUCUUUUCUUCAUUUUUUUUGUUUACUUUUUUAAUUUUCAAAAAAAUGCACUUGCCUAUUAUACUGUUUCUCAGUGUAAGAUGAUUACUGCUCCAAUAUUCUCGAUAAUACAAUAUUGUGCAUGCUGGUGAUGUAUUUAUAUACCGUAGCUUGACUUUAUUAACUUAAAAAAAACUGUAGAUGUUAUGUAUUCAUAGGAACAAGAAAUGACUAGAAUUCAAUCUGAUUAUUAUUUUCUAUUUAUUACUUUAUAUUGGAUUGUUUAAAUUUAUUAUGAUUUUUUUUUUCAUCUAUAUUUGUUUUUUCCUUGCUGAAGUAUGCGACUCCAAAAUGGUGAACCAUAAACUGAUGCUAUAGUGACAUGCAAUUCUUGUGUUUGGGUUUUAUUAAACAAUGAAGUGGAAAGACAAAAAGGACAGAAACACCACUGUUAGCUUAACACUCGCUGUCCGGUGUUUUGUCGUGGCAAAAAUCAAAGAUCACAUUGUAAAUCUGUUUGUUGUUCUUACAAUGGCCUUUCCUUUUGUGCUUUUUCUGUCACAUUAUACAGUGAGAUGUUUAAAAAAAAAAAAAACAGUGUUUAUCAGUUCUUCAGAAAACUGCAUUUCUGUAAGGCAUUCACUCACGGACCAUAAUUUCCUCUUUCUGUCUUUUUUUUACUUUUAGCUGUCUCUCCUGAUAUCGUAAAUGUGAGUCAUGUAGCGGAUGCACACGAGAAAAAUAACAAUAAUAAUAAUGAUGAUAAUAAAAAUGAAUUAAAACAUCACAACAUCCUUCUAACCACA